GUGUGUUACCUACAUAAAUGCUCUAGUGUGACGUGAACAUGUGCAUGCUACUGCGUAAUGUGGACAAAUCCCUGUACAGCCCCUGUAUAAAUAGGUGGUCAUAGCUCUGAACUAUAACCCAUUCGGAAGUUUGUUGAUAUUCACUGUGGAGACGGAUCCCUUGCCAACUCAUUUCGCCCACCAAAACUUUGAAAUUCUUCACCGCACCUCAAUAAACUACACCAACUUGCACCCAUCGUCUUGCAUGCUACUGCUCUCCGAAGGAGACUCUGGAUAUCCAUUCGCUGUUCACGGGGCUUUUUGCAUGAUUACCAAACUUCAAGAUUAUUGCUGGAAUAGUUAAAUAGCCUCAAAACUCCCGCCGCCUGAUGAAUCUUCACGAUGGCACGACUGAACGAACCAAUGGUGUCAACAGAUAGCGUUGAGACGCUGCGUCGAAAGUUUCUACGCCAGAAUCGCGACAUCGCACGAGUAAACUCGACUCAAUCGCUGAAAAUACGAUCCUUGGAAAAUGAAUGCGUCCGUCUUCUAUCCGAAAACCUCGACCUUCGGGGCCAGGUUUUGCGACUUCAGACCGAAUUAGAGGACAGCAAAGCUCAGAAAAUCGCCGAUCAUGCCCUCGAGAUUAAGGAGAAGAUGGAAGCGCAAUUAGCAGAAUGGGGAACUAUGCUUGCCAGUUUGGGACACGAACCGAUUCCUAAGAGCCGAUCGCCCAGAGAGCCUAAGAGGGCGAAACAUAGGUCUAAUAUUGGUCGCAUGAGUAUGUCUGAAUGGAAGAGAAGAGAUACAAUGAGCUCGAGCUCCAUGAAGGACUUAGAAGCCGCCGCUGCCCAAGAAGGCAGAUUGCCGCCCAUCUGGGAAAACAAGCCAUGUCCUCGUGAGACAUUAACCCGAGACGAGAUCUUGGCAUUACGUUCUGUAGUCGAUGAUAAUGACGAUUCUCCGGAUCUUGGACCUCCGCCUGUAUCACGAUUUGUUGAUGAAGAUCCCGUAAAGAUCGAUCUACCAGCCAGACGCCUCUUAAAUAAGCCGGAUUACUCGCCUCAGGACAAUGCGUCGUCUGAGCUUCAGGACAAGCCAGAAUUACCCCCUUCCCCUAAGGUCGAUGAACGAAAAGAUGAAGUAAUCAAUGAUGCGACUACCGUCAACGUCGAAUCCCAGGAGACUAGAGCAAAUAUUGCCGAUUCUCCUACCAACAACACUGUGAAGGCUGGUCUUAAGAGGAAGCAGAGAGAAGAGGAUGAGAAAGAGAACGCAGUUAUUUCCAAGCCACCACCCCUAACCGCUGCAGUUGUAAAGGGCGAGCCCCAAAAGGCUAUGAAUGUCAAGCCCCGGAGUCUUGGCAGACCGAUCAAGCCUCCCUCGAGCCGAAAAGAGGCUCGAGACAAGACAUCAGGUUCCACGGCCCCGAGGAGACCGUUGUCUACGAAGAGCUCAAACGAAUACAUCAAGUCGCCGAAGAAGACUACGAAGCCUUCCGCCCCGGAAGAGGUCACAAAAGACGAUUUAAAGCCAAAGAAAAGCUCUUCGCUAGUUGUGAUACCAAUCCCCCAAUCACCUGAGCCAGUAACAGUCAUGAACGUGGAGACUGAGGCCGAGACUGAGGCGCUUUCUGCAGAACCUAACUUGGCCGUUCCCGACACACCGGAGCCUACGCCAAGGGAUGAAGUGAGAGACACGCCACCUCCGACCGACCUCUCAUCUAGGGGAGAGAACGCGCGGGGAAGUCGCAGGGCUAGAGCUGCCGUUAGUUAUGCUGAGCCGAACCUUCGGGAUAAGAUGCGACGGCCCUCGAAGCAACUACUUGACGCUGUGUCGGGUGAGGGUAAGCAUAUUAGACGAACUAGUCAGUCCUCUUCUGGCCCUUCAUCCGUCAAGUCAGAGGAGAGGCCGGAAUCAUGGAAGGAGCUUCCCUCAGCUCAUAGCGCAAGAUCCACUCCGGAUGUUAUGGCUAGUCCCCUAGCCCAGAAAGGAUCGAGGAACUGUUCUACGGAUGAUUUGUCCACAAGCGUGGUGGUGAAUAGAAAGACUCGAAACCCGCAAGGAGCGGCGGGCGACGUUGAAACCAAAUCAGGCCCUCGAUCAGCCAACCGCCGUUUACACGACAUCGCAGCACGUGAAGCCGAAGUCGCGAAGAUGUUCGACACUAGCUCGGAUAUCUACGAUAUUCCCCACACAUCGCCGAUCGACGACUCAAAACGCGCGAUAGAAUCGGAGGAUUCGAUUGCCAAGAAGACCGGUAGCAGCAAGGGAGCUCGACGUUCGAGAUCGAGACGAUUAUCAUCGGCGAUCCGGGAGGACUUAGAUCCUGAGCCGGAAGUCCAGACCAAUCAGAAGGCUCCGAGACAGACCGGUUCGACCAGACGAGCGACCAUGGCAGCAUCGAAGGAAUCGAAAAGCGAAUUAGAACACUCGGGACUCGAAAGUUCUAUGGAGGGAGAUAGCCUGACCAGCACUUCUUCCGGUUCGUCCGCCGAACCAGAUGGCUCGACUAGAGAUCGCGCCGCGACUAGACGGAGGAGCAUGAUGUUAUGAGGGAAAAGAGGAAAAACAAUUGCAUUCCACUAUGAUAAUGAUUCGCACGGUCGUUUGAGCAAGGCUUUUUUCUUUUCAGUUUUCAGUUGGGAGUAAUUGUAUUGAUUAAAUAAUCACCAAGGCUGAGACAGGUGUUGUUGGCUCAUCAUAGUUCAUUUUCGUGGCGUUCGGUCGUACGCACGUUACUCUUUAGGAGUGCACAGGAUACCAAAUCAAGUCUUCUUCGUUUGUCUGCCAACUUGUUAAUGUUGGGUCGUUUCAUUAAUCAAGGGUAUAAACCUGCUCCUAUGUAUCGUAGGAGUACAUCGUGUUCUGGUUCAUCAGUUGACUCUCGGAGAACUUGUUAAUCUAAAUAGCCUCUUCUUAAAAUUACGAUGACCCUCCUGUGGGCUCUACAGGUUUUGUGUAAGUCACCUUCUCUACGGCGACGUUCUCCACCCCAUUCGCAUCUUUUCUCAGCUGGUAGACGUAGAGUGUGAGUGAUAUACCUUGAACCUGUAUUCUGUCAGUGAAUGGUUAUAAGAGCAACCCAAGUGCCUUAUUCAAUCCAAAGUGUUCCUCUUCUCUUCCGAAAAUUCAGAGGAUGGGAGAGGCUAAAGCGAUAGAAGAAGGCUAU